GUCAAGGACUCUAAACUGAAGUUUUCAGUUUUGCAAAGGACGUUCGUUCUGCCACAAGGUGACAUUACUCUACGUCUCUGAACGGCUCGUUUGUGAGCUUCUGCGGGAGCUGUGACUGAUCUAAAGUGGAUUAUACCUCCAUGCCUGUAUUUACCCUGUGUUGUGCUCUGCGGGUGUGACGUCAUUCAAAGGCUUGACUGUUCCAGUUCUGUGUAACCUGUGUACUGUGUUCGCGUUCGCUAUCCUAGCGAAGUACCUGACUAGGACAAUUUGGGACUUGUGUGAAUUGUGUGUUUAUCUCAUGGUCUUUACGUUGGAUCUCCUGGAACACGUUCCUUGGGAUGUAAAGGUGAACUGGAAACUUUUAAAGCCCGAGUCGUUAAUUAUACAUCCAUCUUGUUCACGGAACAGCUGGAGGCUUCAUUUGGAUGAAUAAAAAGGGAAGAAAUCGCCACAGACCAGGACAAACUUGUGCGGUACAAGACUUGAUUUAAGAGUCAUUUUAAGCUGCUUAUAAGGCCUUCCAGGAGACGUUUUCAACAUGCCAAUAGACAUAAUAGGAUGGAUUGUCCUGGUUGUCGUUUUGUACUCUCCAGCGACAGGACAGCCUGCCAACAGUCCUCUGGUUCAGGGGUGGACACUAACAAAUGGCGGACUUAAGCACGUCUCAGUAGGACCCGCCGGUGUUUGGGGGGUCAACUCAGGUGAUAGAAUUUACCAUAAAUUAGACACUUACAACAACGACGGUACACAAGGAGCCAACUGGAAAGGCGUCAGUGGCAGUCUGAAGCAAAUCGACGUUGGUACAAACAUCGCGUGGGGGGUAAGCAGUGGUGACCGUAUUUAUGUUAGAAUCGGCAUUACUAAGACAAAGCCCGAAGGGUGCGGCUGGGUGAACAUUGAAGGGUCUCUCAAGCAUGUUAGUGUCAGCAAGAGGACCGUCUGGGGGGUUAAUAAAAAUGAUAAUAUUUACCGACGUCUUGGAACAAGCCUGGAGAACCCUGAGGGAAAUUCUUGGCAGUUGCUCGACGGAAGACUGAAGCAGGUGUCCGUGGGUGGUUCGGGAGUGUGGGGUGUCAAUGCAGGAGAUAAUAUAUACUACAGGGUAGGAACGUUUGGAGACCCAGACAGUAAGGGGACAGCAUGGAGACAGGUCGAUGGAAAACUGAAGUACAUUUCAUCAGGCGACGCUGAGGUCUGGGGCGUCAGUUCCAGCAACGCUAUAUACAGAAGAAUCGGAAUAUCCAAAGCAAAUCCCAUAGGAACCAGUUGGCAAAGAAUAGGCGGAGGUCUGAAGCAAGUGGAAGUGUGGACUGACGCUGUUUGGGGCGUGAACAAUGCCGAUAAGAUCUACGCCAAGCUGGACGACUAG